AUGUCCGAGUCUGCGACGCCGACGCCAACCCCGUCCGAGAGCGGGCCUUCCCGUCCUGCCUCGACGCAGCCCCAGGUCGGGAAGAAGGGGAACCAAAAAGCGCCUAAACCGCCCAAGAAGGAACUCAAGGUCCUCAUGCUUCAUGGCUACACCCAAUCCGGCCCCCUCUUCCGCGCAAAAACCCGCGCCCUCGAAAAACUCCUAACAAAGGCCCUAACCCCCCUCUCCACAACCCUCACCUUCCUCUACCCCACGGCUCCCAUCCGUCUCCGCCCCUCCGAAAUCCCCGGCUUCACACCCUCCUCCCCCACCCUGGACCCCUCCGACGCCGACGACCAGCUCGAUAGCUGGGCGUGGUUCCGCCGCGAUCCGACCUCCCCCGUGGUCCACGGCCUAGACGCCGGAAUGUCGGCCGUCGCGGACGCCAUCCGCGAGGCGCAAGGGGUUGAUGGAGUGGUUGGGUUUUCUCAGGGCGGUGCGCUGGCGGCUAUGGUCGCCGCCGCGAUGGAAGAGCCGAGGAGGACGCCUCCCGAGGGCGCGAAGGGUUGGGCUGAGAAGUUGAAGGGGGCGAAUGGUGGGAGGCCGUUGAAGUUUACGGUUGUUUAUUCGGGGUUUUAUAUGCCUGUUGAGGAGGUCAAGUGGAUGUAUGAGCCGAGUAUACGGACGCCGACGUUGCAUUAUAUUGGGGGGUUGGAUACCGUUGUGGAGGAGUCGAGGAGUCGGGGGUUGAUUGAGAGGUGUGAGGAUCCUGUGGUGGCGGUGCAUCCUGGUGGGCAUUAUGUGCCGGUUUCGAGGGAGUGGAUGAUGCCCAUUAUCGGAUUUAUUAGGAAGUUUGCGGAGGAGGCUGAGCCGAAGGAGAGUGAGCCUAAGGAGAGUGCGAGACUCGCAUAG